UUCACCAUUCAUCCAUCCAUCCCUCUUCCUUCCCUUCAUUCAUAUGUAACCUUAACCAACAAACCAAAUUCUAAAUUCACUAACCCUCAACCCACCAUACUACGAUCCUAAUAGCAAGCUAGCUAGCAAUCAAGCUAUGACGAAGAAUUUGGCGGUUUUGAUCAUGGUCAUAGUUCUUACGACCGGAAUGUUGGAGAGCUCGAGAGCAGUAACUAUCUGCAACAUGAACGAGGACGGUCAAGAUGCGUGUGAGCCGUCGGUGAAGAAGUCGAAUCCGGUUGACCCAUCACCGGCGUGUUGUGACGCUCUUAAAGGGGCCGACUUGUAUUGCUUAUGCUCUUAUAAGGAUUCGUUUAUGCUUCCUAUUCUUGGGAUCGAUCCUAAACAAGCCAUAGCGGCGCCCCUCAAGUGCGGUCUCACCAAUCCUGCUGAUUGCCAAGGCUAGUAGACAAGGCUAUGUGAACAACGCCUAUGCUCUGAGCAGUCAAUAGGGCAGAGUCAUUUUUAUCAGCACUUAAUAAGUAAAAGUUUAAUCUAUUAGUUAUGUGAGGAUGUAUGAAACUUUUAGUUGUGUUUGUUAAGGUAUUAGGAGAAUUAAUAGUGAUUGAUUCACUCUAAAAUAAUCAAAUAGUAUCUUCAAU